AUGCUGCCGCUCGUUACAGCUCGUUACAGGGACCCAAACGAAUCAGUGGACGACCAUGCGUCAAAUGCGUUGACUAGUUGUGCAUUUUACGACAGAGAUACCCGGCCACAUUUGUUGAUGGUACCAUGGCGACCCGGGUGGCCCGUGCUGUUACCGGCGUCCUGGAUGCCAGCGGUGGUCACCAGACGCUGUUCUAUACCGCGGCCGACUAGCGCACAUCAGUUGCUCGACGACGAUACCGUGGUGCCGCUCGUGAUAGCUCUUAACAGAGGCCCAAUCGAAUCAGUGGACGACCAUGGCCAAGUCCAGUUGGACCACGAUCGGAAGACAUCUUCGGACGUGUCCGACGUCACUUUUUUUUCGGUAAUCGUUCUGACACCAUUGGCCGUAUUCUGGACGGCGGGCAUGUAA